UGUGUGUGUAGUAGUAGUAGUAGUAGUAGUAGUUUGUUCUGGUGUGUGUGUGUGUGUGUGUGUGUGUGUGUGUGUGUGUUAGGGCUGAUCCAUUUGCAGAAACUGUCUGAUUGUGAUAUCUCACUGGUCAGCACUGUGAGUGGUUUGAGUUGUGAUUAUUGUGUCAGUUCAGCUCCAGGCUGAUAAUCUGACCGGCACGUCCACAUUUACCGGCUGGACGCUGAACGUGGUGCACCGGACGGCCAGUAAAGCUGGAGGUGAACUUCAAACGGAGAGGGAAGUAAACAAACUCGGUCUGCCGCCUAAAACACGGCCGUAAGUAGACUCAGAUAGAACUCUGUACGGGUCUCAGCACUGCUACAAGCCCACUUAGUGCAGUGGACCAAUCAGGGGAAGGUCUCAGAAGGCGGUGAUUAGAGCCAAUCAUAGAUGGAGGGAGGUCUCAGAACGGGAUCAAGUGGGGAAUAGAACCAGCCACAGUCAGGGGGAGGACUCAGAACAAGUGUUGCGGUGUUUAGAACCAAUCACGGUCAGAGGCAGGUUUCAGACGAGACAAGGCGGGGAGUAGAACCAAUCACAGUUAGGAUGAAGUCUCAUAAAGAAUGACAUGGUGAUUAGAACCAAUCACAGUCAGGGGGAGGUCUCAGAACAAAUGACGUGGUGAUAAGAACCAAUCCCAGUCAGGGGGAGGUCUCACAAUAAACCAGAAACGGGACUGUAAUUAGAGGGUCUGUUCAGCAGGGGGCGCACAUCGCACCGUACAAACUCACCAAAGAGACGCUGUUUUGUUUUGAAGUGUUGUUUUUGUUUGAAGUUUGCUGCUGGCUUUAGUUGUGGUUGUGUGUCGUGCACCACACGUGGGUGUUUGGAUGCUUCUGAUUGGUCGAACUCGUCUGAACAAAAUUCAGAUGGUUAAGCGCUGAUUACUGAUUCGUAACGACAGAGCGCGACUGAUGUUUCCUAUUCAUGCGCUUGUCAUGUUCUGAAACGUUAUUCGUGACACAAAUCUGCCAAUUUUUCAGCCCUCGUUCAUAAACGCAUCAAACAAACGCUCAGAAAUCGCAUUAUUAACGGAACAAAGCCGUCAGAAACGGCCGCGCGUCGGGGCAGCGCUGCUGAUGAUGUGCGCUGUAGUAAAGCCUGCAGCCGUUGUGAUUUGACCCCUGUGUGUGUGUGUGUAAGUGUGUAAGUGUGUGUAUGAUGCGUGCGGUGCGCGGAUGCGGGAUGCGCUGCUCCGUGGGCUUCCUGCAGCGCCGCAGUCUGGUUGGCUGUGAGCUGCUGAAGACGGAGUUUCAGCGCCGCAGGCUGGACGGCUGCUGCAACCUCUACAGGACGGACAUCCUGGGUCACUACGGCUGCGUGAACGCCAUUGAGUUCUCCAACAACGGUGGACAGUGGCUGGUGUCCGGUGGAGAUGACCGGCGGGUGCUGCUGUGGCACAUGGAGAAGGCCAUCCACUCCCGGGCCAAACCGGUCAAGCUGAAGGGGGAGCACCUCUCCAACAUCUUCUGCCUGGCGUUCGACAGCACAAACACGCGGGUUUUCUCUGGAGGUAACGAUGAGCAGGUGAUCCUACACGAUGUUGAACGCGGCGAGACGCUGAACGUGUUUCUCCAUGACGACGCUGUUUAUGGUCUGUCCGUCAGCCCCGUUAACGACAACGUGUUCGCCAGCUCCUCCGACGACGGCAGAGUUCUGAUCUGGGACACACGAGAGCCGCCGCACGGAGAACCGUUCUGCCUGGCCAAUUAUCCGUCCGCGUUCCACAGCGUCAUGUUUAACCCUGUAGAGCCGCGCCUGCUGGCCACCGCCAACUCUAAAGAGGGGGUCGGGCUGUGGGACAUCCGAAAACCACGCAGUUCUCUGUUGCGCUACGGGGGCAGUUUGUCCCUGCAGAGUGCGAUGAGUGUGAGGUUUAACAGUGCAGGGACGCAGCUGCUCGCCCUGCGCCGCCGUCUGCCCCCCGUCCUGUACGAGCUGCACUCUCGGCUGCCCAGCUUCCAGUUCGACAACCAGGGCUACUUUAACUCCUGCACCAUGAAGAGCUGCUGCUUCGCCGGGGACCGAGACCAGUAUAUCCUGUCUGGCUCAGAUGAUUUUAACCUCUACAUGUGGAAAAUCCCCAAAGACCCUGAAGCAGGUGGUCCGGGUCGUGUGGUGAACGGGGCCUUCAUGGUGUUGAAGGGUCAUCGCUCCAUUGUCAACCAGGUCCGCUUUAACCCGCACACCUACAUGAUCUGCUCCUCCGGAGUCGAGAAGGUCAUCAAGGUGUGGAGUCCGUACCAGCAGCCGGACAGCGUUGGUGAUUUGGAAGGUCGUGUUGAGGAUAAAUCUCGUUCUCUCUACACACACGAGGAGUACAUCAGCCUGGUCUUAAACAGCGGCAGCGGCCUUUCGCACGACUACGUCAGCCAGUCCAUGCAGGAGGACCCGCGGAUGAUGGCCUUUUUCGACUCGCUCGUCCGCCGCGAGAUCGAAGGCUGGAGCUCCGACUCGGACAGCGACCUGAGCGAAGGCGCUAUACUCCAGCUGCACGCCAGGGGGCGCCGCUCCACUCGCUCCAGCAGAGACGCCGUCGCCGCCACUCCCGGACCGCAGGCUAACGCAGCUAGCGGUCGCCAUAGUGACUCCGACCACUCCUCCUCGUCCUCGUCCUCUCUGGCCGGGCCUGACGUUUCCGGUAGCGAGCAACUGGACCCGGAUGGGCGGGGCUCACAGAGGCGGAGGGGGGCGGGUCCACGUGCGUCUGCGUUCUUAUUGGAUCUCGUUAACGAGGAUUCCGACUCCAGCGGAUUCUGGCUGGACCCUAUGCCCCGCCCACGUUCACCCAGCCCUCGCGAAAGAGUCUCCAGCCUGUCUAGCCACGCCUCUUCUGUAGGCCACGCCUCCACUUCCAGCUCCUCCCCCAGCUCCUCCUCAUCUAGCUCGUCCUCCAGUAGCGAGGGUGACGAGGCGGAACUGCGGCGUAGCAGCAUGCGCCAGCGUAACGCUGCCAGAAGGAGGCGCCACUCACGUUUCUCUGCCCGAGACCCCACCCACUCUCUGCAGAGCGCCACCGAUUACAGCAGCUACCCUAAAAUCUCCAUCCACGACCAAUCGUCGUCGUCCUCCUCCUCAGGAGACGAGGGACGGCCAGUCAGGAGCCGAGGCAAGGAAAGAAGGCGUGGCCUCACGUGUAGCCCUACCCCUUCUCCAUCCCGAGUUAGGGUCCGAGGCCUUUCGACCUCUCCAGGCAGUGACCCCCAGCGUGUGGAGAGGGCGGAGUCAAGGAUGGGCUGGAGGGCGGAGCUAGAGGAGGCAGGAAAAAGUAGUGAUGAUGGAAACGAAGCACGCAGAGAUAAGGAAGUUUUGCACGUAGCGCAAAGCGGCUCAGGCGCUGAAGGCAGUGCUGACGCUCACGAUGAGAACCCUACAGACUCAACUCUCCCAGGAUGGUCUGGGGCAGGGGCGGAGCCAGAGCCAGCGGCAUCCAGGAGCCAGAAACGGACACGUUUGGGGUCCGGAGAGGACGAGGAGAAAGAGGAGGAGUCUCCAUCAGAGAAGAAGUUUAAGACAUGAUGAUGAUGUCAGCAGAAAUGGACUCACUGAUUGGUUGAUUGAACUUUUGAGUGGUUUGUUGGUUCAUUUUGAGACUUUUUUUUUGUUCUAGUUCAGUGUUUGAUUAUUAAACUUAGACAGGGCAGCGAACAAACAUACAAUCUUUGUACAAACUCGACGGAGGUGGGAGUGCCGGGUGGUCUUUCUCUCUCUUUCUCUCUCUCUCUGCUUAUUUCCUUUAAUAUGAAUAAAAACAGGUAAAAGUCUUUCAGCUACUAUUUUCAUCAUAUCUGCUCUUUAAACUAAUAUAUAGAAUAGCGCUAAUAAGCCUAAAGUCCAGUGAACCAAAUCGCAAAGACUUUUAUUAUGUUUUCUUCUAGGGAUGCACCAAUAAAAGUCCUGUCUGAUACUGAUAAUCUAUAUUUAGUCUGGUAGAAAUGAAAAAGUGCUGCAUUUGAAUUUGUUUGAUUUAAAUCUAUGCACUAUUUUUAUAGGAAACUUACAUCAGCUACCAAGAAAUUAUGUAAACAGUGCAUUUCAAGCAUUUUUUCUUUUUUUAACAGGUUAAAUGCUUGUUUUCUCACUAAUCUGCCUUUAAAAUUUGGUUGAUGUGGCACAAAAUUAAUCGAUAUGGUGCAGAUUUACUCAAUAUUUUGGUCAUAUUGUUAGCACCCCUAUUCUCUUAUUCUCUUUCUCUCUCUCUUCUCUUUCUCUCUCCUCCACACGCACUCGGUAGGUAAUUGACGUAUCUGAGGGCUUUUACUCUGGAGUCAGAUCCCCAGCGAUGACACUAAAUAACUAAAAACAUUAGCGAUAUAAAAGAAGAAAAGAGAUCAGCCUGUCAUAUAGUGCAUUCAUUUUCAUUUUUUCCUUUUUUAAAGCAUUUUAGUAAAUAAGAACAGUGUAAAGUUGAGUUCGAGUGUUUCUGGUUUAUCACGCAGUUUGAGUGCCACGUCCACACGAUCGGCCGUCCUGCUGGACUCUUAACGCUGGGCCCGCUCCCCUUGAGCCUGGACUGGCCGUCUGUUUGUGUGUGUGUGUGUGUUUUCGCAGGUCUGUGUGAUUCUAGAGCGAUUUCUCCUGUGUUUUCUGGUAGGGGUGUUAACAGUCAGCGACGAUGCUGUUUCCACGGUAACCGUGUCCAGCUGCAGCAUCAGCACCAUUAAAGUUUUGAGUUUCAGUGUUCCUACGGA